UAAACAUCUACUGAGUCUGGAACAUCCCUUUGAUUAUGAUUAACAAUUAACUUGAACUACUUAUUUAUCUGGAGCAAUAUAAAUCAAGUACAAAAGACAGUAAAUCAGGACACUAUAAAUGGAACAUGAGAGGCUGUGAGGAUGACAGAGCAAGAGCUGGAAACAAACAUCAGUGAAGAAUGAAGGCUUUAGUAUGUAUACUGCUGCUGUUAGAGACCUUUGUGUUUGUCGUCCAGCAGCAGGUAGAUGGAGGACUCAAUGAGAAUGAGAUUAGUCAACAGAUCAGCUCUGAGGACGGAAGACAGAAUCCACCUCAAACAGACACUUUGAGAGCUGAAACUUCAACUGACAGCCAACAAUACUGCCUUCUGGGCAUCCCUGACAUCCAUGCAGCACUGAGAGAACUGACCGCCACCGUUACAGAGCAGAAAGAAAAGAACAGAGAACUGACCGCCACCGUUACAGAGCAGAAAGAAAACAUCAGAGAACUGACCGCCACCGUUACAGAGCAGAAAGGAAACAUCAGAGCUUUAGAGACGCAACAGACGUUUAUCCUGGAAGAGCUGAAGAAGAAAAAUCAUGAAAUUUCAAAUCUUACUCUGAGUCAAGUGGAGGAGUUGAGAAAGGAAAAUAGAGACAGAGAAAUAGCUUUUUCAGCUUCACUGAUGGAAUCUGGUCAUGGAAAUAUUGGUCCUUUUACCAGUGAAAUCACACUAACCUACAAGAACGUCUUCACAAACAUAGGGAACGCCUACAACCCAAUUACAGGUGCUUUCACAGCCCCACUGAAAGGAGCAUACAUGUUCAGAAUCUCUGUAUUUGGUCGUGGCGGAACUGCAUCAGGUGCAGCCAUUUAUAAGAAUAAACAGCGUGUGGUUUUGGCAUAUACUAAUCAGGCUCAGAGUGAUUUAAACUCCUCGAAUGGAGUUGUUUUGAUCCUGGAGGUUGGAGAUGUUGUCUAUGUGAGACUGUACCCUAACACAAAGAUAUUCGAUAGCGAGAAUAACCACAGCACUUUCAGUGGUUACCUACUGUUUCCCCUAAUGUGAGGACUAAUGUGUGUUUGAAAUUUGCAAUAGAUUAAUGUAUAAAAGCCUGAACUGUCUAUACAUGUAACUUUGUAUAAAGUUUCAACACUGAGACAGACAGGACCCAUGAAUAUUCUACAUGAAGCGCAUUAUUAGACCGUUUUCUAAGGCUGUCUCAGAUCUCUACAAAUUAUUGCUUUUAAAGUGUCAAAACACUCUAGAUUCACAUUAACAGUCUUUGUCUUAAGUGAAUGAAUCUGGGAAAGAAAUUGUGUAUAUUUAUCAGUAUAUUGGAUCAAUGCAUUACUGUAGUUCUUAAAGUGAUAAAACAAUCGGAAAAAUCAGUAUAUGUUUUAUUCAUUCAUUUCAGUGAA